AUGGCUGCCGAUGAGAUAUCGGAUCAACGCUAUGCGGAGAUCAUACAGAUCAAAGAGAAACUAGCAGGGACAAACAACAGCCUGAUUCCCUUUUUGGAGAGAGUAUCGGCUAUAGAUAUCGUAUCACCGCUCCAGUCACCAAAAGAAUGGCUUCAGAAGCUUAGUGUAGCAAAUUUCGCAGAUUCUGUCGGCAUCACGAACCUGAGCUAUGCAUUGACUGCCGAUAACAUGGAUGACUUCGAUCUGGUCACUGACAGCGAAGUUACCUUUACCGUCUGUGCAUUUCCUGGAGCUUUAAGCUUGCAUCCUGAGCCAACCAAGAAGCCUAGCGCUCACUCAGCCCUGGUCUCUCUUAGCAUCGAGCUCGAGGAUCCCAGCACUCCUCGCCUAGGACAUUGCCACUCCCAACCCCUACCGUCUCUGGUAUUGCCCAUCGGUCAACUGCAAAAGGUAUUCAUGACAGCGCGCGGCAUUCCGCGAUACAUCGACAUUGACUAUAUCCUGGUUGUUGAUGCUGCUGGAACUUCACAUGCUGUGUGGCUAAUCUACGAUCGAUAUCAAAGAUUUGACGAGUUCAAGGAUGUCACCGACCCAAAGAGAGCUCCUUUGGUCUUUUCGAGCUGGGAAAGAACUUUGUUGCUGCUCAAGUUUUCCUAA